GGCGCGGAAGCGGAGGUUGCUCCGCCCCUUCCCUUUCCCCGGCCUCGGUGGCUCACGGGGUUUGGAUACGUCAGAUAUGCAUUGCAGCCUCCCGGAAGCGCUGAAGUGAGGGAGGCAAAACAGUAGAGGCGGCCAGGCACUGCUGAGUCAAUGAAGAGCAAGGAAGGAGCUGAAUAGUGUUUGUGCUGUCCAAAGCUGGGGAACCCAGGAUUCCAAGGAAGGACUAACCAGGACAGGAAUAUGGCUCCCAAGAAGACUACAGAGCUGCUUCAUCUGCUUCGACAAGCAAUGAGAAACUCCAAAUACGUUCCAGAGCCAAUCCAAGCCUACAUUGUACCCUCCGGAGAUGCACAUCAGAGUGAGUACAGUGCGCCUUGUGAUUGCCGAAGACAGUUCAUCUGCGGGUUUGAUGGCUCAGCAGGAACCGCCAUAAUAACAGCACAAGAGGCUGCCAUGUGGACCGACGGACGCUACUUUCUCCAAGCUGCUGAGCAAAUGGAUACCAACUGGACACUCAUGAUGAUGGGUCUGAAGAACACUCCCGCGCAGGAGGACUGGCUUGUGAGUGUUCUCCCCGAGGGUUCCAAAGUUGGAGUAGAUCCUUUCAUCAUUCCAGCAGAUCAGUGGAAGAGGAUGUCCAAAGUUCUGAAUAGUGCUGGCCAUACUCUUGUGCCCAUCAAAGACAACCUAAUUGAUGUCAUAUGGACGGAUCGACCACCACGGCCUUGCAAACCCUUGAUGACUCUAGGCUUGAACUACACAGGGAUCAGCUGGAAGGACAAGAUCACAGCCCUGCGGGGGAAAAUGGCUGAGAGGAAGGCUCCGUGGUUUGUGGUGACCGCCUUGGAUGAAGUGGCUUGGCUCUUUAAUCUCAGAGGCUCGGAUGUUGAGUACAACCCGGUCUUUUUUGCUUACGCCAUCAUAGGAGCCAAUACAAUCAGGUUGUUCAUUGAUGGCGAUCGCAUGUCCGACCCAGGCGUGAGAGAGCAUCUGUUGCUGGACUCUGCCCAGGACCCUGAGUUCAGCAUCCAAGUGCUGCCGUACGACUCCAUCCUGACGGUUCUGAAGUCCAUCUGCGACACCCUUUCUCCCCACGAGAAAGUUUGGCUCAGUGACAAAGCCAGCUAUGCCCUGACCCAGGCCAUCCCCAAGGAUCACCGUUACCUCACCCCCUACACUCCCGUAUGCAUUGCAAAAGCUGUGAAGAAUGCAGCAGAGUCAGAAGGCAUGAGGAGAGCUCACAUUAAGGAUGCUGUGGCCUUGUGUGAGUUAUUUAACUGGCUGGAGAAGGAGGUUCCCAAAGGGAAUAUUACUGAAAUAACAGCAGCAGACAAAGCAGAGGAGUUCCGUAGCCAGCAAGAGAACUUUGUCGACUUGAGCUUUGCUACAAUUUCAAGUACAGGCCCAAACGGUGCUAUAAUUCACUACAAGCCUACACCUGAGACAAAUAGGACUUUAUCCAUGAAUGAAAUCUACCUCCUGGAUUCUGGGGCUCAGUACAGGGAUGGAACUACAGAUGUGACAAGGACAAUGCAUUUUGGCACCCCAACAGCUUAUGAAAAGGAGUGUUUUACCUAUGUGCUGAAGGGUCACAUAGCUGUCAGCGCAGCCAUAUUCCCCAAUGGGACCAAAGGCCACCUCCUGGACUCCUUUGCACGCUCUGCACUGUGGGACCAAGGCUUAGAUUACCUGCAUGGCACAGGACACGGAGUUGGGGCUUUCCUAAAUGUCCAUGAAGGUCCAUGUGGCAUUAGCUACAAAACCUUUGCAGAUGAACCUCUGGAAGCCGGGAUGAUUGUUUCUGAUGAGCCUGGUUAUUAUGAGGCUGAUGCUUUUGGGAUCCGAAUAGAAAACGUUGUCAUUGUUGUUCCUGUUAAAACCAAGUAUAACUUCAGCAACAGAGGGAGUUUGACGUUUGAGCCUUUGACCCUGGUUCCUAUUCAGCCCAAAAUGAUAGACGUUGAUUUGCUAACUCCAAAAGAGUGCAACUGGGUGAACGAGUACCACAGAAAAUGCCGAGAGGUGGUCGGGGCAGAGCUGGAGAGACAAGGACGGCAAGAAGCUCUCCAGUGGCUCAUCAGAGAAACGGAGCCCAUCUCCAAGAUGCACUAACAGCAGCACACGUUCUCUUUGUGUCUAUGUGCAUUUCUGCGAGAAAGUCACUCCUUUUUACAAUUGCAAGUGCAGUAUUGGUUCAGCUUUACAAUAUA